AUGCUCAACUCCAGUAGCCAUCGUCUCUGGAUCUGCACCAGAUGCGUUCGUCGCGUGACCUGGCCAGGGACGACGGCCACCUCGAUACUUCAACAGCGGCGGUGGGAGACCACAGCUGCCGCAGAGGCCACGCGUUCCUCAACGCCUGCGGACCACCAUGUUAGUUCUCGACAUGACGACGCUGUCCUUCGCCAUCUUUUCGAUGCUCCGUCCGGUGGCCUGUCGUUUCCAAGCUUCAGUCUCAAGAAGAGUCAGGGCCUUUUUAAGAAUCGAUACCUUACAAGCCCCGACGGAUUCUUCGUAUUUGCCCAGAAGAACCUCGAGAAGGCAACACGUCUUGUGCAAAGAGUUCUCAGUGCCUCGACAACCGAGGAUUACCGGGGGGUAGUCAAAGACCUAGAUCGGUUGAGUGACUUGCUUUGUCGAGUCCUCGACAUGUCUGACUUUGUACGCAUGGCACAUCCCGAUGUUCGCUUUCAGCAGGCUGCGGCAGGUGCCUGGUCCAUGGUAUACCAAUAUAUGAAUCAAUUAAAUACCAUGACGGGUCUGAAUGAUCAAUUGGGCAAGGCGCUUUCGCUCCCUGAAGUUACCUCUGCCUGGUCAGAUGAGGAGAAAACCGUUGCCGAACUGCUCAAGUUGGACUUUAUGAAGUCAGCUGUCAACUUGCCCAAGAGGGCAAGGGAUCGGUUCGUUGAGCUUUCAUCUCGCAUCAGUGACGUCGGCUCUGCUUUUGUACAAGGCAUGGAGCCCGAGAUCAAAGAAGUCAUGCUGCCAUCCCAUAGAUUUUACGGAUUGUAUCCUGGUCUGGCUGCCACCCUCAAGAUUCGGUCUCAGAUAUCCAUUGCAACAACAGGUCCUGAAUCCGCUGCUGCUCUUCAGAGUGUGUACGACGAGGAGACGCGCAAGGAGAUCUACCUGGCGCAACGAACAGCAUCUCACAGCACCAUUGAACGCUUGGAGUCGAUGCUGAAGCUUCGCGCAGAAUUGGCCAAUCUCGCAGGGUUCGAAAGCCAUGGGCACAUGGCCCUCAAGGACAGAAUGAUGGCCAAGUCGCCGGCCUCGGUCAUGAAAUUCCUCCUCGCCUUGCGCAACCACAACGCCCCCAUUGUUCAGCAAGAACUUCUUGAGCUGACAGAAAAGAAAAGGGAACGUCUUGCCAUGCCAGAAGUGGACCUUCAGGCUUGGGAUAGAGACUUCUACAUGGAGAAAGUACGGGCUGAGAUGCGCUCUCGCGUCCGUCACGAAGACCAACUAACAGCUUUCUUUUCUGUGGGCACCGUCAUGCAAGGUCUGUCACGACUCUUUGAUCGGCUCUAUGGAGUACGCUUCAUCCCGCGCGAAGCCUUGCCCGGAGAAGUGUGGCAUCCAGACGUCAAACGAUUAGACGUCGUGUCGGACGACGGAGAACAGCUCGCCGUCUUGUACUGCGACCUGUUCUAUCGUCCCCAAAAGUCUCCCAACCCAGCACACUUCACAGUCAGAUGUUCUCGUGAGAUCCUCGCCGACGAACUCAACGAAGCAACAGAGGACAUGGUCUCGGCGACACCCAUCUUUGACUCCCCCGAGUCCGCUGCCAACGACGGCAUGGAAACAUCCCAACGUGACGGCAAACUCAACCAACUACCCACCAUUGCUCUGGUCUGCGAUUUUCCCAAGAACAAUUCGGCCCGUGAGCCCGCCUUCCUAUCAUACUACUCUGUAGAAACACUCUUCCAUGAAAUGGGCCACGCCAUCCACUCCAUUCUCGCACGAACAUCGUUCCAAAACGUCUCGGGGACCCGGUGCGCCACUGACUUCGCCGAACUGCCAUCCACCCUCAUGGAACACUUCGCAGCUGAUCCCACCGUCCUCUCCCUCUUCGCCCGCCACUGGAAGACGGACCGCCCUCUCUCGUACGACCUUGUCCAAGAGCGUAUUACUCUCUCUAAACGUUUCGAAGGAAUCGACACGGAGCACCAAAUCAUUCUUGCAAUGCUCGACCAAGCGUACCACUCUCCCCAAGUGACUAACCUCUCGUUUGACUCAACUCGCAUCUUCCACGAAAUUCAGCACAAAUUUGCCCACGGGCCCAAAGACCCCCCCGGAACAAGCUGGCAAGGCUUCUUUGGUCACUUGCACUCGUACGGAAGCACGUACUACAGCUACCUCUUUGACCGGGUUCUCGCAGAGCGUGUGUGGCGGAUUGUUUUCAAAGGCGGCGAUGACCAAGCCGCCAUAAGUAGGGAGAAUGGCGAGCGUCUGAAGCAGAAUUUGUUGAAAUGGGGCGGGGGUCGAGAUCCCUGGAGAUGCCUGUCAGACACAUUGAAGGACGAGAGGCUGGCUGCUGGCGAUGAGGAGUCAAUGGCUCUGGUGGGUAGCUGGGGUAUAAAGGAUCACCAUCAAAGUUCAUAA